UCUCAGCUUUGUUUACAAAAAAUAGAUGAUUUGUGUCCUUUUGUGAGUUUGCACAGGAUAACCGAUAAGUGAUUCACAGUGUGAAGGGUUUUUUUUUAUCCUGUGAUUGGCGAGCCGAAAAGGGUUCACAACUGCCGCAUUCGGUGUGCCGUAUACUUUAAUUAAAUCAGUGCGAAAACAAUUCACACCCUCCCGGGAAUUCUCUUCCGGAGUUUGGAAGUUCGGGUGAAACCAGAAAGCUGUUGUAAGAUCCCGGCCUGUCUGACGAACGCAAGGGGCAGGUGGCCCAAAUGAUGGCUUCGGUGCGAAUCCCGGAGCAGAAAAUCAUCCUUUGCGGUGAGUACGGCGUGGGAAAGAGUUCGCUGUUCCGGCGGUUCGCGACGAACAACUUCGUCACCACCACCGACCGGAAGUCCACCCUCGGGUUGGACCACUUUGGCCGGACGUUCAAUGUCGGGGAUAAGGAAAUCAAGCUUCAACUGUGGGACACCGGCGGUAUGGAGCGUGUGGCCUCGGUAACAUCCAGCUACUACAAAUUUGCCGAGGCGGCGAUCCUGGUGUUUGCGCUGGACAACGAAUCCUCGUUCCAUGCCCUUUCGCAGCACAUGCUCGACGUCGUGACCUACGCGGAAAAUGCAAAAAUCUUUCUCGUAGGCAACAAGGUGGAUGUGGAGACGAGCGGUGGAGAUCCGCCACCGGUUACGGAUGCGGACAUGGAGUCAUUCUGCGAGCAGUGCCACAGUCUCAUCAGUGCCACCUUCAAAACAUCGUGCAAAACGGGCGAGGGAAUUGAGGAGAUGUUUCGCGACAUCGCCAGUACGCUGGUCGAAUCGAACCGUUCCCGGCUCGAGCUGCAGGCACUCGAGAGCCAUGGUUUCAAGAUUCAUCCACCGGACGAAGUAAACGAUCCCGGGUGCCUGUGCUAGUAUAGCACCUUGCUUCACCUUCCCGUGCUUACAUGCUACAAGUUCUUGUUGCUUUUAACAUCAUCCUACGCGUCACCUUUACGUAAAGCGAUUAGUUUGCAACUGCUUCCUUUUUUACCAGAGCGGAUUGCCUUUCUCCUUAAGCGAAGCCGUCCUUGCGAAAAGCAUCCGGAAAGCCGGAUGUGUGAUAACCGAUAGUAGGGAUUUUCUUGCCAAAAAAAAACCCGAAAAAACCCAACAGAAUGAAGUGCCAUGAGAAAGGAGAGAAAGUGUGGAGAUCAAUCAAGCAUGGAUGUAAUUGGAUCGACCCUUCGCGGCCCCCGGGGAGAACGCUGAUAAUUUAAUUUAUUACACUAACCAGAACAAUCAUAGAGCAUUACACACCAACAGUAUCAGGCAAUCGAUCGAGCAUAAUCAAUAAUAGUGCGUAUUGGGGCGUGCUAAUUGUAGGGCUUCUAUAGCAGGGCUAGUUUAGUGUUUCGUUUCAAUCAUCGCUAGCAAGCCAGGUAUCCGUAGCUUUUGUAUAACAUUGUCCUUCAACGAAACGAGAGGAACGGUUUUAUGUUGGGACCGGUCGGAAAAACCGAUCGUGCCCGCUAGUCCGGGAUUAGGUAGAUUGGAUUCACUCGUCGUUGUACAUGUAUUUAUAAAUCACAUCUCAUUCAACAUUUGAGCGUAAGAUAUGGAUAUUAAUAUCGGUUACAAAGAAUUAACCAAUAAAUUGAACCCGAGCGGAAACUUUCAGAAAACGAUUGUUGCGUGCCGGCAGCACGGUUCCCAGACUCCAGAAAAUUUGUGGUCCAAGGGUUUGAUGCAUCAAGGGUUAAAGUGAUCGAUAUCGCGGAUUAAAAAUGGUCUUAAUCGG